CGGGACUCCGGAAAUCCGGCGCAGUGGGUACCGCCGACAGCAGUACAAAGUCGAAGUGCAGUGUGGGGCACGGGGCAGGGAUAUAACAUCUAGGGCCACAGCCUCUGGACUAGGCGAAGAAGGUAGAAGUGAUUCGCUGUCAGACCUUGGCAGUAGCAGGAGUAGCUGCGAUGUUGCGAAAGGGUUGCUGGCGGCUCCGAGCGCAACUCUCCUUCCUGCACAGAAGUUUCCAGGUCUCCAAGAGCGGCCACCGGAACUUGGUCUCCUGCAUCGAUCCUUCCAUGGGACUAAAUGAAGAACAGAAAGCAUUUCAGAAAGUAGCUUUUAACUUUGCUGCUCAGGAGAUGGCUCCAAAUAUGGCAGAGUGGGACCAGAAGGAACUGUUCCCAGUGGAAAUGAUGCAGAAGGCAGCCCAGCUAGGCUUUGGUGGGGUCUAUGUACGAACUGAUGUAGGUGGGUCUGGACUGUCACGGCUCGAUACCUCUAUUAUCUUUGAAGCUUUGGCUACAGGCUGCACCAGCACCACAGCCUAUAUAAGCAUCCACAACAUGUGUGUCUGGAUGAUUGAUACCUUUGGAAAUGAAGAACAGAGGCACAGAUUUUGCCCACCACUCUGUACUAUGAAGAAGUUUGCUUCCUUCUGCCUCACUGAGCCAGGGAGUGGGAGCGAUGCUGCCUCCCUUUUGACCUCAGCUAAACAACAAGGAGAUCAUUACAUCCUCAAUGGCUCCAAGGCCUUCAUCAGUGGUGCAGGUGAAUCAGAUAUCUACAUAGUAAUGUGCCGAACGGGAGGACCAGGCCACAAAGGCAUCUCUUGUAUAAUUGUUGAGAAGGGGACACCUGGCCUCAGCUUUGGCAAGAAGGAAAAAAAGGUGGGGUGGAACUCUCAUCCAACCCGAGCCGUGAUCUUUGAAGACUGUGCUGUCCCUGUGGCCAACAGAAUUGGGAAUGAAGGGCAGGGCUUCAUCAUUGCCAUGAAAGGACUGAACGGAGGGAGGAUCAAUAUUGCUUCCUGCUCUCUGGGGGCUGCUCAUGCUUCAGUCAUCCUCGCCCGAGAUUACCUCAAUACCCGGAAGCAGUUUGGAGUGCCUCUGGCCAGUAACCAGCACCUGCAAUUCAAAUUGGCUGAUAUGGCAACAAGGCUGGUGGCCUCACGACUGAUUAUCCGCAGUGCAGCGGUGGCUCUGCAGGAGGAGCGGGAAGAUGCAGUGGCCCUGUGCUCUAUGGCCAAGCUCUUUGCUACAGAUGAAUGUUUUGCCAUCUGCAACCAGGCCUUACAGAUGCAUGGAGGCUACGGCUACCUGAAGGACUAUGCUGUUCAGCAGUAUGUACGGGACUCCAGGGUCCAUCAGAUCAUUGAAGGUAGCAAUGAAGUGAUGAGGAUGCUGAUCUCUCAAAACCUGCUUCAGAUAUAGCUCCCAGACUUGAUGUUCUGGCAUGAUGUUUAAUGUGCAACUCGAAUUAGUAUUGAGUGGCUCCAUACAGAUGGUUCUGUUACAAAUGUGUCAUGGAUUAGAUGGAAGGACCAAGUUCUGCCAGGGUUACCCUUCACUCUGUGUGUUGGCAGCAGUGUCAGCUAUAGGACUGGGCCGGAGUCUUCAGAAAACUGGAGGACCUGCCCUGAAUGAGGAUGUAACAAGAGGACACAUUACCGUGUUUGCCUAAUGCAUAAAGGUGACUAAUGAAGAUGCACCCGCUGACAAAUCACAGUCCUCUCUCAGAUCCACAUUGUCUUGAUUUGUCUACAUUUUGCUGAUUCACUGAUUUUCUUUCAGGGAUCAAGGUGUGGAAAAGGAGAAAUGAAGAGAAUAUGUCCUCCUAUCUUUUUCUGUCCUUUGCACCUCAGCUAAAAAUACAGGUUUUUUUGUGGGUUAUACUUCCUUUGUAACAUACCUGAGAAUAUACAUCAUGAUAAAAUGAGUUUAGGAAAAUUUUGCUCCUAAGCUUUGAUUUAGGAUGUAUCCGUACUUCUGGACCACCUGAAUGUCAAGGGCUGGGUUAUUUAUUGUUGUUUUCUUUUUUAGAAGCAUGUGGUCUAGGAAUGGUUUCCAAAGUUUCUAUAACCCUUCCUUGUAAGUACUUUGAGUAUAUCUUUUUCUAUCUCCAUUUUUGUGUUUUUGAAAUUCCUCUUUUUAAAUGUUUAUUUAUCACUGCAUUGAUAAAUAAAACCUAUCCCUUUCUGUACUAUCUCGA